UGCGAUUGGAUGGAACGUACGCGGGUCUGUUGUCCAUGAUGUGGUCGUCUUUGCGGAAGGGCGCCUGCAACAUCGGCAUCCAUCGUCGGCAUGUGCUCCUUCGAUCGAGGAGUCUUCAGACGUCGCAUAUAGGCGCUGCGCUGCGUGUGAGAACCAUACCAAGGGAGUGGCCUCAUACCAUCGGCUGGGUUCGGUGUUGGAGCAGCGUCUCGUCAGAUCAAAACCAGACUGAAGACGACGAGAAGCGCGAACAGGAGGAAGUGGAGAGCAUCAUGCGCAAGAUCUUGGCCCAGAGCAAGAAAAAAGACGAAGGAGGCAAAAGGGAAGGCAGUGGUCUUGUGGACAUGAUUACAGGCGGACGCCUCCGAAAGUUAGAAGACGUGAACCGAACUUACUACCCUGGCCAAAAAUUCAAGGCGACGUCCCAAGACAUGGUGUUUCGUGCGAUGGCUGGCAACACGUUGAUCACGGCGUUGAAACUAAUGGCAUAUCUGAAGACUGGGUCUAGCGCCAUGUUGAGUGAGGCAAUCCAUUCCCUCGUGGACACAGGCAACCAAGGUCUGCUCAUCCUGGGUCUACGCCAAGCAUCGUUUCAGCCGGACAAAAAGCACCAGUACGGGUACGGUCGGGCGGCCUACUUCUGGUCUCUAAUAUCAGCGCUCGGAAUUUUUUGGCUCGGAGCUGGCGCGACUGUGACGCAUGGGAUUCAAACACUGCUGAAUCCACCAACUCCAGACGAACUCGUGCUCAGUUGGGAAGUGUGGACAGUUCUCGGCAUGUCGUUUUGCAUUGAUGGUUACGUGCUCCAGCGCUGCCUGGGGGAGCUGAUGCAGACCAAGCCCAAGGGCGUCAGCUUGUACCAACACAUCAAGGACAUCAAAGACCCGUUCAUGCUCGCAGUUGUGCUCGAAGACUCUGCUGCUUGCACCGGGGUUUUCAUUGCACUUGCUGGCAUCGGCGCCAGCUACGUGACCGGGAAUCCUGUAUGGGAUAGCGCUGCUAGUAUCGGCAUCGGGUGCCUCUUGGGUGGGGUGGCAGUCUCUCUUAUUCGCAUGAACCAGCGCUUCUUGUUGGGGCAAUCCGUCGAUCCUGGUACGUGCACUUCAUUUCCGUCUAUUUCGGCUUGGUUACACCUAUUUUAUUUCGAUUUUUCGAUGGGUUAAGUAUAUUUUUUCUUGAGUGGCUCUUGAACCUCGACUUCUUGCGAUAGAAAUCGAACAAGGCAUCAAGGCGCUGCUGCUCUCGCGGCCUUCCAUUGAUAAUGUUUAUGCGGUGCAGUCGCAGUGGGUUGGGCCUUCCACGUUUAGCUUCAAGGUUCGUCCAACGUCCAUCGAGUCAAACUCUCACGUUGUGUGCAAAGGCUGAAGUCGAUUUCGACGGAACUUACAUGGCUGCCCAGCUGCUCGAAAUGUAUACCAUUCCGUUGUACGCUCCGACGAUUCUCACGAGAGGAGUAGGUACAAGCCCGUGUUUCUGGAUUCAGACCUUGAGAGCGAACUGCCCGUGAUCUUGGCGUGGUACGCCGAAGAUGUGACGCGGCUCGUGGAGAAGGAAGUCCAGGAAGUCGAAGUUGCAAUCAGGUGAGUUUGACUUAACGGCCAAUUCGUGAUGUUUUUCUGUGGUGCAGGGCAAAAUACCCCGAAGCUGCAUUCAUCGAGCUGGAGCCAGACAGCAAAGACACAGACAUGCGCGCGUUGUCAAAUAUUGGCACCAAGUCCUUCCGCGCCAGCGAGCGGGACGCCAUAACGAGGGCGCUGGCCCACUUAGCCCGAUCGUUGGACAAUCGUUAGAGAUUCCUGUUUACACAUGAGCAAGAGUUGCGUUCAAAUUUCGGAGAAAUAUCGGCUGGAGUGGCGGAUGAUUGGUUCAUUGUUCUAACGGCGGAAUUCGAAUAAGUGCACAA